GAAAAAAUUGGCGGUUAGCGUUGGAGCUGCUGCGUUUGUCUGUUCUUGGAACUUAUAUUUGUGACAUUUAUUUUAACAGACGUGCGCACAAACGUAACUACAACUGGACUAGAUCGUAUGACAGUUGUAAGUCAUCCAUGACAGUACUUGUUAAGUUAAUAACGGGUUGUUAAAUGUAUGCUGACAAACUCAAAACAAGUUCGAAAGCUAAGUUAGCUAACGCUAACAGUAAACUUGUUAGUAGCGGAGCUAGUCGGCUAGCUGUUUAAUAAAGGCCAGGCUGACUUUUUGACCAGUCGCCGUGGGACACUCUUCCAUCUCGGAAUAAUGGCGAACCCGGCAUUGUCGCAGAAAAAGAACCGAAAAUAUCUUUGGUUUGCUCUGCUCGGGCUGGGAUUUCAACCAGACACUUCAGCGUCGUCUAAACAUAUCAACCUGGGACCGAAUAUGUUUGACAAACCAAACAAGGAUGCUUUCUACAUAGUAACACAUUUCCUGUUGGAGAAACUCAACCCGACACGUUUUCAUGAAGCAUACAGGUAUUGCUGGCCUGUUUUGAACCACAAAGCGGAUGCUGAGUUUCGCAAGGUUACCUGUGCUUGGCUGCGGGAAAUAAUGGAUGAAACUGCAAAUGCAGGAUCCAAAGUGGUUGCAUCCUUGUUCCUCUCUCCUGGAGGCCCCAAGUUUAUCAGCUUGAUGCUUAAUUUGGCCAGCCAUGUCAUGCUGCAGGAAAUGAAGACAUUCACCACAGACGACAGCUGGGUACCUGAGGCUGCAGCGCUGCCCGCCUCCUCCCCAGACAUGGCAGUGAAGAGACUCAACCUGAUAACUAAACGGUUUUUGAAAACUGCAGUGGAUCAAGAUCAUUUUCUUCAGGAGUACCAGAGGCAAGCACAGCUUUUGGUGAAGUCUGUGAAGGAUAUCAGAGCUGAGGAUACAAAGUAUGAUGACCUACUCAAGCAUCAUAGGAGUGAUUCUGCACAGGAGGGAGCUUCUCCAGCUGAGAAGACCAAAAAGGUGCGCUCCUUGUGGUCAACCAUUGAUGAAAUGCUGUCGACUACCAAAGAGGAGCAGAAUGCAGUGCAAAGUGUUUUGAAAGGGGAUGUAGACCAGCACAUCCUGGAUGGGACGGAUCGAGCCCUCAAAAUUCCCAGAAGUCUGCUGGAGAGAAUUGAACAGCUCCCACAUCAGCUGAGCUCAGGGAAUGUGUAUGAGGCCGGCCAGCUGAACCUCCUGUGUGUGUUGGAGCUGACGAACCACGCGCUGCAGAUUCUCAGGGAGGAGCGCUGUCGGGUCUCUCACGCCCCAAAGCCCCAGCUCAGUCCUCAGCACCUGCAGGAGAAGUGUCAGCAGAUGGCCCGCGUGCUGCAGGACCUCCACCUCAUCAGACAGAGGAUUUCCAAGGAAGAGAUUCCUGAGGUCAGGAGUACCAUCAGAGAGUUGGAGGCUGAGUGGGACAAGAAGUGGAUGGAGACCCUCAAAGACACACCCCUCAUCUCUUUUCUGAAUGAAGAUCCUGCUCUUGGCUUCCUCUCACCAAUGGCUCCACUGUCAUUCGAGCCGGCAGCUGAAGCUUGUUACAGAAGUAGUGUCUUCUCUCAGUACCCUGCUAAACUUCUUGAGGAGAAGCAGGCAGAGAGUAAAUCACACGAAGACAUCAACCCAAGUUAUUCAAACCUGAAAAGCUCUUGCCCUGCGCCAGCUGAGAGGCCUGAAAGUCCUGUUGUCAACACUGAGGCAUCAUCACGAGCGAACACCUCUCUUGACUGGCUUUUCGACACACCUCCAUCCCCUCCCCCGAAGGCAGCUUCACCUGUACCACCACCUAAGGCCAGUGUGAGGAAGACGGCCCGUGUUUGUCCAAAGGUGGCUCCCAUGAGGACCAAGACUCAGAUAUUAGACAUGGAGUGUGAUAACCUCGCUGAUCAGUUUGCAGAUGCUGUAACUACAACCAGUCCCACAGAAGGCAGGGUCAAAGGUCUGGAUUUAGACGGCCUGCUCAGCACUCUUCAUGGAGAUCCCUUCUCCACUAGAAAGCAACUGCCACGUACACCUGAGAGCCUUAUUAAGGAUGUGAAAAGCUCCUGGCGGAAGGCAGUUGCAGAAGACAAAGCAGAGAAAAUCCAACGGUCAGCCAAGUAUAAUGACAGCAUAACGGGCCGGCUCACUCCCCUCGAGGAGCCUCACAAUGUGUCACUGAGCUCCAAUGCUCCCUCCCAGAGUGUCUCCUGCAGUAUCACCCCUGCUGUCAGGAGCCCCCCUGUCUUCCAGCAGGAGGCCUUACUCAAGUCCACUCUGUCGUGGGACACCUUCAACAUUGAGGCCCUUGACAGCCCCAGUGGCACAGGCAGCAGUGCAGUGCAGUUCAGCCUUGACCACGAAACACUCCCUGAAAUGCCAAGCUGCGACAGUUUGCUGAGCCUUGACGAUGAAGCCAUGGAUAUGAAGAGUGAGGAAGAGGAUGAGCUUCUCAUCCCUUCCCUGAAGGCUCAAGCAAAGCAGUCGCCACUAACCACAGCUUAUAAUCAGGGUCAGACCCAGCAGGCGUGUGAUGAUUGUUCCUUCAUGGAAAGCAGGAAGAAGACACCGGAGUGCCUUCUCUCAGGUCGCAUAGUUUCUGGUUUGGACAGAGACUGGCUAAUGGAGCCUGCAAAGUCAGUGGAAGCCUCAGACAAGGUCUUCUCACUGGACCUAGACACACUGGAGACACCCUCACCCCCAAAGAAACAGGAGUACAGCCUCCCCAAACUGAUCACAUUCUCUCCGAUAGAUGACAGGAAGUGUUAACUAUAUUCAUGCAGAAACCACUUUUCAGCCUUAAUUGUCUUAAACUGUCUGCCUUGAUGUUAAUAGACAUGUCGCAAAUAUUUGUACAUAGCUGUGAAAUAACUUUCCUUUGUCACACUAAAUUAGUUUCCUGUGCUUGAGUUUAUGGUUUUAACUUAAAAAUAGUGAGACAUGAACUUCUUUAAUAAAAUUGUAAAAUGUGGUUCAUUUCCAUUUUUGUGACACAGCACCAUCAACUUCUUGCCAUUCCAGUUUCAAAAUAAGUUUGUCUGUUCAUUGGUAAGAGCUUCUUGUCCAUGUUGAAUAGCACCAGUGUUUUUGAGUGAAAUGAAAAUGCUAGCCUGCCUCUUUUCCCUUAACAUUUAUAUUACACUUUUAACAUGUUUUGUAUCAUGCUGUCUUUACAGGAUGCUUGUGACAAGAAGAAUCACGGUCAGUCAGGUUGAUGGAAGUAGCAAUUUCCUGAAUGUCAGGGACAGAAGCAAGUGUAUAAUAUGUGUGAAAGUUCCAGCUGCAGUCUGGGGUGUCCCUGGCUUACUCAUUAAAGUGAUGUGAAUAGGCCCUC